AGCCCUCACGCUAUUGAAAGAAAUUCCACUAAAACCAGGCACCGGCGGUCGCCUGAAAAGCCUUGGCGUAGAGAUCAACCCCCCUAUUGCAAUAGCGGCCUCUUCAUAAAAGAUGGCUUUUGCUUUUGAACCGCGAACUUCGAUCGUACCCAAGACGUCACAUCGUCAACUAUGGCGCUGUCACUUGCUGGAUUGCCACGGGAGUUACUCCUGCACAUCUACUCCUUUCUCACGCCGCACGACCUCGCGCACAUAGCCUCCGCCUCCAAGAGCCUGGGCACACUAGCUGAGAUUCUGAUAUGGGACGACAUUGAGCUCCAUGCGCCUGGCUACCAUGAGUCGUCGUGCGAGCUCAAAGACCCACCUCCCGUGGUACCUCCAGAGGCCCGUCGCUACCACUCGAACCCAGGCACAUGGGCAUACGGUGGUGUCCUGGAGAGGAAAGCAGCCUCUCUCUUCUGGAUGCUCGACCUGGCUGCACGGAGCGAUCUGCCGCGGGUGAAGCUGCUCCUCUCGAGAGUCAGGAGCCUAUGCACCGUGCUGGACUGGAUGAAUUGUCCUGACUGGGUGCCGCAACCUCCCAAAGUACCAGAGCAUCCCAAGCUGGAGUUUACCUGGAGUAUCUUCCCGCUGUUUUCCAAUCUGGAGAGACUCGAGCUUCAUGGGUCGUGGGAGGCCUAUUGGGACGGGCACGGGAGAGCUUUUGACAGCUCCGCUCCUCCGCUGGCGGCAUUGCGGUCCGUCAAGCUCUUUGGGUAUCUGCCUGGCAACGUCGUCCGAUACAUACUCCGGAGCGCCCCGACGAUAGAAAACCUCCAACUCGGUGUGCUGGAUGCUCCAGUAGGGUGCAAUCUGGCUCCGAGCGGCAGGAGGCAGAACCCGCCUCCACGUCGAAAGGGGCAAUUAGAGAGCGAUGAGGACGGUGACGAUGAGACGACGGAUGAUGACAGCUUGGACGGGGAUGAAGUCGCACCACGGCCGUUGCCUCUAUUCCACCAUGGCGAGAUGCCUGCCUUUCCCCGCCUCAAGCUUCUUCAUCUGUGUAAGCCAUCGCAGUGCGAUCCUGCACACUAUGGCAAUUUGAUGUUGGGCGAUGUAACAUACUCGCAACGUUCCGAAGAAGCAAGCUUGUCUGACUGGAGCGGGUUACUACGAGCAGCUCAGGGGACUCUCGAGACGCUUGUUCUCGAGCACCGCGUUGUCGCAGAAUACAUCGAAGGGGACGGGAUGAGCAUGCGCGAGUUCAUCGAAGCAUGUUCUUGUGGCCCGGCUGAAGAUCACUUCAUGGACCGUAUCGUGCCUGUUUUCAAGGAGAAAGCGUUCGCCAACUUGCGGAGUGUGCACAUGCAUGGGAUCCUCGUUAGUGCCAAGUCUACUCAACGACGGAAAUGGUUUAGGAAGUUCUGGGAAGAUUAUGGCGUGGAGUGCAGCUUCUCGUAUGGUCAAUGGUGCUACUUUGAUUCUUCUCCCGGCACGACGUAUUGGGCUUCAUACGAGGGACACAGUGACGACGAGGACGAGGAUGAAGAUGAGGGCCAACCAGACGGCCCUGAAGACUAAUACUCACGUGUUAGACCUGUCGUGAGACUCUAUACAAGGCAUUGGUCUGUUUAUGCUCCGACAUUCCCUCACUACGUUUUCCAUAAAAUUCAACCUGCCUGUUCUAGAUCAAAGAAUUAAGAUGCAAGAUACAA